UAAUUUCAGAUUAAUUGAGCUGUGGCAAAUUUGCUUUGACUUACUGGCAGAUUUUACAGUUACACGUGUGCUGAUUCUUUAUUUUCAUUGAAAAUGGCUACAAGAAGGAGAGGAAAUGUGGACAACCAGCCGCCCAGUGUUAGUUUAACUGAAGGAUUACCGUCCGUAUGGCAGAGAGCUUUCAGCGCCAAGUCACAAUGGCCUGAGAAGGAUGAAUUUUUAGAUGUGAUCUACUGGAUGCGACAAACUAUAGCUAUUCUAGCUGGUUUGGGCUGGGGCCUGUUACCUUUUCGUGGAUUUUUCGGAAUUGCAAUUUUUUGUGCCCUGAACGCUGGUAUCUUGUAUAUCUACUUCACAUCAUUUCAGCAAGUUGAUGACGAUGACUUUGGUGGACCUUGGGAACUCACUAAAGAAGGCUUCAUGUCUUCAUUUGCAUUAUUUAUGGUUGUGUGGAUUAUAGUCUACUCUGCAGUCUUUUUUGAUUGACAAAGUAACAGAGAGCGGCAUUUGUCUCAACUGGUUGCCAUUAGACAUCAAGAACUAAUCAGUUAUCCUGGAGUUACUCUCCUAUGGGAGAAAAACAUGGCCGCACAACCUGUAAUUUUGAUACAAAGGAACAAUCAACAUCCAUGUUUUGAAUCUCAAUCUACUUUUAAGCAUUCCAUGUGUAUGUUCAUUAAGGAGUUCCUGCAAUGCUUUCCUAUCAAGUCAUCUGCAACGUGACUUCUUUUGAAAGGGCAAAGUGUACGAAAUGCUUGAAAACAUACUUGGAAGCACACUCAACUGACUGCAAAAUUCACACAAGAUAUAUAUGGGAACAUGAUGCCGUUCUCUGGACCAGUUAUUAUAGAUGUCUACAUGCAAGUGUUCAUUAGAUAAGAGGUAUUUGUCACAAAAUGAACAAGCCUUGAAAGGGACAAGAAAAAGUGUUGCACGACUGAGAAGAGAGAGAGGCAAAAAUGUAGGUUUGUGAAAAACUAGAAUUCAUGCUUAAAACAGUAAGUAGUUAUGCUGCAAAGGUUGUUAUUCUCAAGGUGCAUACUCUGAUCAUACAACUUUUCUUUACUGGGAGGUCCAUUUCUCAAAAUGCUUUAGGUUAAUCUGAACAUGUAAUGUGCAGGUUGGAAAUUUGUUAAACCAUAGUUGCUAAAAAUUUAGAAAGAACGGACCUUGUAAUACUUCAUAUUAACAAAUUUUAGAAUAAUAAUCACAAACCGUCGAUCUGGCGCUGCUCAGUGGCUGUUGGGCUCACGAUCAAUUGGGCAAAAAGAAUUUCCGUUUCGGUUUAAUAAAAUUUGGAGUGGACUAUUAGGCUAUUAUUAUUAUUAUUAUAAACCAUAUUCAACUCCAGAUUUUAUACAAAGGGAAAAAUCAUCAUGGCCUAAAAUAAAUUGGAUCUCGAAAUUGACAUUACUAUUGAAUUAUGAUUGAAGUAUAGCUGCAAACUUAUUUGAUGUCCCGAAUUUGAAAUAGCGAGAUAAAGGUAUGAUAGUAUAGCCUAGUAGAAUUGCAUUUGUUUUUUGUUGUUCUUAAUUGUAUUUAUACUUGUUUUAUGAUGAAUUAUACAACUUCAAACUUGUUAAGAAAAGAAAAUAAAUAAUUAAGAACAUGUUCACAAUUUUACUCAUCAUUUUGUUGUCGUUUCUUUCACCUAAAAUGUCUUUAGUAGAAAUGUCUUCAUGUUUUUUUCUGUCGGUGUAGUUGGUAUUAUUACGACUAUUCACAGCACUGUGAAUAGCUUUCAGCCAUUCAGGUCUACAUGUGUGAGAAAUGACAAUCUUUUUUUUCAAACCUGUAAUUUGUGCUUGAGCUUAAUUCAUCUAUUUUCUCGCCUUGUUGGAUGUGAUUUGAUCCAGUGUAUUUUACAUAGACUCAAGUCCGAGUCAUGGACUCUUUAUUCACGGGUACAAAAUUUUCUCUUUACUCGAUUAUAUAACGUGUGAAUAAAUCUAUUAAUAUCCACACACCAUGAAAGUUGAAAUCAAUGUGUGCGACUACUGACUUGGAACAUACUGGUACAAAAACCAUGACCAUGUGAUCUGAUCCUCGUAGUGAAUAAAGAAGAAUUUGUCAGUGUCAUAUUUUUACAUUUUCUGCAUGUAUUUGGUGUUAUAUGUGUAUACAUGUAAUUGUGUCCAUACACCUUUGAUACAGGUACAUGUACUAAAUUUAAUAUAUUAAUUAUAAUCAUUAACUGAUGAUAAGAAUGACAAGUUAAGACAUUCUCUUUUAAUAGUCAAAUUUCUAAUUAUUUAACUUCAAAGGCAUUUGCAGCUUAAGUGUAUUUAUAUUCACAGUUCUUCUAUAGAGUAAAAAUUCUUAAAAUGGCACAGAGAAUUACAGUAACAGUUGAUAAUUUUAGGCAUUUUAGAACACUCUUGCAUACAAAUAUUCCCCCAUUUAACAUGAUUAUGUUGUGAAUAUAGAUCAAAUUGAUAUGUAAAGCUCAUGGCAUUAAAUGUAUUGGUUAGCUAUAGUGGUUAUAUUCAGCACUUGUUUUCUUUCUCAUUAUUUUGUUCUCCAUUAGUUAGGAGAGCUCGGUUCUCUUUGAUCUCCAUUCAUCUAUUACCUUGUAGAUAAGUUACCGGUAAGCGCUUAUGAGUUUAGCAUUCAAUGUAAUGUAAUGCACAUGAAAUUAAAUGUACUGAUUAGCUAUAUGUGUUAUUGUUAUAGUCGGCACCUGUUGUUUCGUUUCUAGAUUAUUAUUUUUUUCUCCAUUAGCUCACAGAGAUCAGCCCUGCAAGUAGCAAGUAGGAAUGAAUUCUCAUUACAUAGAAAUGUGUGUAUUAAUCGAUGCAAUUGAAAAGUUUGAAAUACAUGAAUUUGAAUAAAACUUGUAAAGAAAAGUGUAAUAAAUUUAAGUUUUCAUUU